CAGUUGUUGUUUUGUAAAAGUUUUGUAAAAGAUUAAUUUGACAAUAGUUUCGUGAAGUUGACUAGAGGAGAGACAGUGACAAGACAGAAGGUGGCGCUGUUGUAAGAUGGAAGAUAAUGUUGACGGGGUCCAUAAAUAUAGAACUUCGCUACCAGUGGCACAGUUCAGCCGCGGCGACUUCUCGUUGUGGUCGGUGUUGAAAAACUGCGUGGGCAAGGAGCUGUCCAAGAUCACGAUGCCGGUGGUGUUCAAUGAGCCGCUAUCGUUCCUACAGCGUAUGCUGGAGUAUCUGGAGUAUGCUCACCUGCUGCGACUUGCUGCCGAACAGACAGACCCUGUCGCCAGGAUGGAGUAUAUUGCGGCGUUCGCGGUGAGCGCUCUGGCGUCGAACUGGGAGCGUUUGGGCAAGCCGUUCAACCCGCUACUCGGCGAGACAUACGAACUCGAGCGGCCAGAGUUCAGAGCUGUUUGCGAACAGGUGUCGCAUCAUCCGCCGGUGUCGGCGUUCCACGCGGACAGCCCGCACUUCGUCUUCCACGGAUCUGUACACCCCAAACUCAAGUUCUGCGGCAAGAGCGUCGAGAUACAACCCAAAGGACACGUAACGGUUGAACUGCCCCGAUGGGGUGAGGCGUACACGUGGAGCAACGUGAACUGCUGCGUGCACAACGUGAUCGUGGGCAAGCUCUGGAUCGAGCAGUACGGCGCGAUGGAGGUGACGUGCCACGGUGGGGCCGGCCUCGCAGCCAGCCUCGUCUUUAAGCCCGCCGGUUUCAACAACCGAGACCUUCACAGGGUUGACGGAUUUAUUACUGAUGCCAGUAAGAAGAAACUGCGCUUCGUGUACGGCAAGUGGACGGAGUACAUCCGCAGCUGCAGCGCGGCGGCGCACGAGCGCUGGGCGCGGGACCAGGCCGCUGCUGAGGCCGCACACACGCCCAAGAAGGUCCUCGCCAAACUCAACAGCUUCAAAGUCGGUGCACUUCGCUCCAUGUCUAUCCAGGAUACUGAGGAGGCUGAGAACUCGGAGGACGUGCCGAAGCCGGACGAGUCGUACAACAUCGACAUCCCGGGCUCCACCACGCUGUGGGAGGCCACACCAAGGCCUAGCAAUAGCGCACAGUAUUACCAGUUUACUGAAUUCGCGAUGUCACUCAACGAGUUGGACCGCGAGCUGAAGGGCCAACUGUGCCCUACCGACAGCCGACUGCGGCCCGACGUUCGCCUGCUGGAGCAGGGCGACAUCGACGGCGCCGCGGCCGAGAAGACCCGCCUCGAGGACAAGCAGCGCACCGCCAGGAAGACGCUCAAAAAGUCUGCUGACGGCUGGCAACCGAGAUGGUUCAGUCAAGGCACAAACCCCUACACGAAGCAGGAGGACUGGCUGUACAACGGCGGCUACUGGGACCGCAACUACCAACAUUUGAAAGACGUCGACAUAUUCUAAUUCUAUAGCAAAUAAUAUAGUAGGAGUAUAUCAUAUUUUUGUGCCGCUAAGCAAUGUGUAGAAAAUGUAGAAAUAUAUGUUAUACAUAAAUGAAAAAGCAAGCAAAUGUUAUUUAUAAUGUUCAUACGAUGUCAAAUUGCAUGCAUACGUUAACCAAAGAGGUGAAUUAAUUGUGGCAGGCAUUGCUUCAAGAUUUGAAUAUAAAAGUAAAACAAACAUAAUGUGAGCUUAAUGGAAAUAAUAUAAUAGGGAAGAUUCAAAAGUCUUUAUCAAAAUCUUU